AUGGCAAUCAAAUUUGUUGUUUACUGUGGUGGCAAGUGGGAAGUCGUUGAUGGGAGGCUAGAGUACGUGGUCCAAGCAGAUUCUGUUAGACGUGGUUUUGAGACUUCUACUACAGUUUCUUAUAAUACAUUUUUAGAAAAUCUUAGUGAGUCAACAGGUCUUCAAAACAUCACACGUGUAUCUUACAAAAUGUCAACUUUUAACGAUCCCAUUGAUAUAGUUGAUGAUUCCGAUCUUACUUUUUUAUCCAAAAUUGCGGAAACAAACCCUCUUGAGUUAUUUAAAUUAUAUGUGGUGCAAGAUCAAGUUGGUUCAUCGGUGGGUUCUUCGAAUUUUUUUAAGUGUCCUGAUCUUAACGCAAAUGUUUUUCCUGGAGAUGAAUGUAACGUAUAUAAUAAAUCUGGAGUAACUGAUGAUGUUAAUUGUCCCGUUGAAAAUAAAAGCCAGUUUUACAUAGGUUAUAUUUUCCGUAACAAACAGGAAAUGAAAAUAGAAUUAGGAAAAAUGUGUCUUUCCGAAAGUUUUUCGUAUAAAGUAGACAGAUCAUCCAAAACUCGUUACGAAGUAUCUUGUAUUGAAGAGAAUUGCCAGUGGAAUUUCAAGGCAGCGAGUCGGGAAUCUUGUGAUGUUUUUUACGUAAAACAUUUUAACAACAAUAAUACAUGUUCUAAGACGCAAACAUAUCCACAUAUGCGACAAGCAAACCCAAUGGUGGUGGGUAGCUUAUUAGUAGAACAAUUUAAAGAUUCUGGAUGGAUAUACCGUUCGACCGAAAUUGUAAAGGAUUUUAGGAUUAAAGAAAAAGUCAAUUUAACGUAUAUGCAAGCAUGGCGUGGUAAAUGUAACGCAUUAGAACUUUUGCAAGGUAGUUCGUCAAGUUCUUUUGCGGAACUUCCCGUCUAUUGUUAUAACUUGGAGAAGGUUAAUCCAGGAACAGUGACACACAUACGCACUGAUUCUGAAAGUCGUUUUGAAAUGUUAUUUGUGGCCAUAGAUUGGAGCUUUGUCCGUAAUUUAAGACCGCUUAUCAUCAUAGAUGCUGCCCACUUGAAGGGUGAAUUUAAGGGAACAAUGUUUUUGGCUGUGGGCAUGGACGGAAACAAUCAAAUUUUGCCUAUUGGUUAUGGCAUUGGUAAAUCUGAGGACGGUGAGUCGUGGACGUGGUUCCUUUCGAAACUGAAAGAAUGCAUCGGCGAACAUCCAGAAUUGGCAAUCAUCUCUGACCGGGCAGCUUCUAUACAAUUAGCCGUACGGUUGGUGUUUCCAAGAAGCUUUCACGGGUUAUGUUGUCGUCAUUUGAUGGUCAACCUUCGAUUACCGUAA